GUUUGAAGAGAUAAAACUAUUGCCGAGAUUUUCUUCCUGGACGCCUGGUAUCCCCUCCCCUCGUCUUUAUAUUAAAAACCUAAACCCGAAAAAGACUACCGAAAUGGAUCUGUUAAAAAUUUUCAGCAGAUAUAGUGAGAAAGAAACAUUAGAUGAUAUUGAAAUUAAACUAAUGAUCAAAGGAAAACUUAAGGGACAAGCCUUUGUAACUUUUAUGAACGAAGAGCUUGCUUCACAGGCCAUGAGAGAGAUGAAUGGAUAUUUGUUAUACGAUAAACCGAUGAUUAUUGAGUAUGGAAAAGUUUCGAAGCCCAACCAAACAUAAAUGCGAACGUUAUUGAAGCCAGGAUAGUUUUCAACAGACGUUUACCCUUUCUCGAUCAACGACUGUCAAUCUAAAAAUUUACACUUAGUUGUAAUAGUGCAGAGACUCCUACACACUAUAUAUAUAUAUUCAGCGGUGAUAGCUUCGACCAGCAAUUUUUUUUGUAAGAAAUCAGGUUCAACCCAAUGUGCGUAUAUUUUGCGCUAUCUAAAAAAGUCCAAUAACUGUAAACUGCAUUCUGUGAACAAAGUAACGAGAUUUGCUAAAAUCAGCACUUUAAACUUAGACUGGCGUUAAGCACUGAAUUCUCUUUCAUUCUGGGUUAUAAAAAGAUCAUUUUAAUAUUACCUCAAUGUAUACCGCACCGUUUAAAAAUGAGCAGUUGCCAGCGUACAACCGAAAUUUGUGAUAGAAUCAUACAAAAUCAGUACUGAAGGUGCCAAGACAAACAGCGAAAUACGCAUCUCUAAGUAUCUAUACACAUUCAUAUUAUUGCAUUAUCGUACAUGAAUAAUCAAUUUUCAUCAUAUAGAGACUAGCAAUCAGAUAAUGGCACCAGGCACGCUAUAAGUCUAUUCUGAAAUAUUGAAGAAAUUUUUGAUGACGUCUACUUUUAAAAACUAUCAAAGCUAAAGAGAUAUAUUUUCUAGCAUGCAGUUUUACAUCUUAAUGAUGGCUUAUAUUUACAUCGGUAAGUACUUCCUCUUAACACCUUUAUAUACAUGGACUUUGCAAACCGUCAAAUAUACCAGCGAUACUACAGUUUCAUUUGAACCCUUGGCGCGCUCAAGUGGUGAAAAUAAAUACAAUAAUGUUUUGUCUUGUAUUUAUUUAUCUAGGGUCAACAAAAUGUAAGCAUUUCAACAAGGCUAUACCUACUUUUUUACAAUGUCAACUCAAAUACAUUAUCCGCGCUGUUCGCACAUUUUAUCUGAUAUCUACACACGUAUGCAUUGCUUAUUAUAUUUUUUCACAACUCUCACACAUAAUCCUUCUAGAAACGAACACAUUUUGCAGUAUAUUUUGUGUCGUAUUUGUGCACUUACUCCUACUAUUAUUUUUAUUAUCUGGAUUUUUUAUUAAUAAAGCUUGCUGUAUUUGUUUGAAUGUGUCUUGGUAUUAUUGUUUAUUUACAACCUGGCAUUGUAUAAAUUUAAAUAAAUUUUACUGCGAGUACAUGGCAUUAUUUGAGAUGCAAUGACAUAUCUCUUUACAAUAACAUACAUUAAUACGUUACUUGAAUGUACAUUCUCAAUCCACGAAUAAAUUUACACUUUUGGUAAAUGAUAACUGAGGUGAUCAAUUUAAAAAGAUGUGAAAUGCAGUUUACUUUUAAUUAUUUCAAGAGCUGCAGACACCAGACGGGGUGUAAGUGCUAUCUAUGCCAUGUCUACUACUAGAAAAUUUCAGCCGUCUAAAAAGCUUGCGGAAAUAUUUCAAGAAGUCAAAGUCAAAGAUGUUUCACCGCCUGUUAAAGAAUUAUGGAAGGCAGGCAUAGAUGACACUCUAAAAAAGGUUCAAGAUUUGAUGGUUCAACAUCACAUUCGGAGUUUACCUAUAUUCAACGCCAUAACUGGGCAAUUUGAACAUUUCAUCGACUUCGUCGAUAUAUUGCAUUUUAUAGUGGAAGACGUCGGAGUUUCUAGAAAGGAGUCUUUGGAAAAUUGGUACCGAAGCUCGAAACUGGUAGAGACCACUUGUUGCCAACUGAUAUCUCAUCUCUCACAUAAUUCUGAUCGUUCACAAAUGGUUUUCAUCAACCAAAAUGACUGUAUUCAAACCGCUAUUAACAUGUUAUCGAUGCGUAGGAAAUGUGACAGGAAGUCAAGAGCGCCUCUGAGACUUGCAGUUUUAGACGAAGGGGGUCAACUCGUAUCAGUCUUGACGAAGCGCAUGCUUGUCAAGUUUAUUUGUAGGCUCUCAGAGGGAUAUCUGCAUCCGCUAUAUGAGCAUUCUAUAGACUCACUCUGUCUGGUUUCAAAAGACCCAAAAAGGUCGAUCGUGGUGUUCAAUUUGGACAAUACAGUUUGUGAGGCAUUUUUAACAUGUUACGAAAAAAAUAUUCAUUCGGUAGGAAUUGUAGAUGAAAAUGGAGAAUAUAUAGCAUGCGCAGAAGCUGAAAAAAUGGCCUUUCCUUCUCAUACCUCUCGUCAAAACCCAAGUUAUUACUUCAAUAUGCCUUUAAAAAGAUACAUUACGUUAUCGGAUUUAGAUUCGAACUCCAGGGCAGAACCUGGGUUCGUUACUAAACAUUGUACUGCACAUGAUUUGCUGAUGUGCUUUAAAGACAACACUUUCAACCAAGUCUAUGUUGUCGAAUCCUUAGAAAAAAAAGUCUGCAUAGGUGUUAUAAGUCUAGGAGAUAUUAUAAACCUGUUUCGGUCAGAUUCUGGACCAGACGGCCAUAGCCGAAUACAGAAUGAGGAGUAAAUUUUAUGUCUGUCUAUGCGUGCACAAAAAUAAGACCGUCUAACAAAUUUGAUAAAAAUAACAUAAAAAAAACCUUGGCCAAAAAUAAACAACUGAUAAAUCAGAAUAUUUUAUUGCAUUAUGAAUUAAGAAGUAAAGAUAUAAUACUCCAUGCCAAAUUCUAGACCGUAUAGGUGAUGGUUUUCUACUGAUGCAGAAGGCUACUAGCUUACCACCUAUUUGAGUAGAGUUCAAUGCUUGCUAGAGGAACAGGAAUUGUUGUUGGCUUGAUUUAGCACUGUUGUGCCUGUAUUAAUUACUUGUAUAAUCCGUGCUAUCAUUCUAUUAUUGCGGGCGAGACACGAAUAUACCCUCGCAUACUUUCCGCCUAUUCAAUAAAACUAGAUAAGAUUAUAAGCACGCCUGAUGGCCUAAGGGCCUUAUCAGAGGAGAGUCGUGCUGUACCAUUGUAUUACUCAAAACGUUUUCUGAAGAUAGAGGGAAGUAUGCGGUUUUUUAGUAUUCUCUAUAACGAACAAGACAGCAUGGUUCGCGAGCUCGAUAAAUAAUUUUGUAAAUGAAAAUAGUUUUGACA